GUGCGUGUCCCGGGACAGGAGGCCGAAGCAGGCAGGGGGACGGAGGCUGGGUGCGUGUCCCGGGACGGAAGGCAGGCGGGGGAAGGCGGCUGGCUGGGCGCAUCCCAGCGGCUGGAGCAGGACCCGGAGGCGGCGGCUGGCUGGGCGCACCCAAGGGGCUGGAGCGGGACGAGGAGGAGGCGGCUGGCUGGGCGCACCCCAGGGGCUGGAGCAGGACCCGGAGGAGGCGGCUGGCUGGGCGCACCCCAGGGGCUGGAGCAGGACCCGGAGGAGGCGGCUGGCUGGGCGCACCCCAGGGGCUGGAGCAGGACCCGGAGGAGGCGGCUGGCUGGGCGCACCCCAGGGGCUGGAGCAGGACCCGGAGGAGGCGGCUGGCUGGGCGCACCCCAGGGGCUGGAGCAGGACCCGGAGGAGGCGGCUGGCUGGGCGCACCCCAGGGGCUGGAGCAGGACCCGGAGGAGGCGGCUGGCUGGGCGCACCCCAGGGGCUGGAGCAGGACCCGGAGGAGGCGGCUGGCUGGGCGCACCCCAGGGGCUGGAGCAGGACCCGGAGGAGGCGGCUGGCUGGGCGCACCCCAGGGGCUGGAGCAGGACCCGGAGGAGGCGGCUGGCUGGGCGCACCCCAGGGGCUGGAGCAGGACGAGGAGGAGGCUGGCUGGCUGGGCGCACCCCAGGGGCUGGAGCAGGACGAGGAGGAGGCUGGCUGGCUGCCCCGGGACUGGAGCUGGGAGUGGGGGAAGAGCACUCGGUGGGAGGAGCUGGCACGCCGGGAGCGGCAGGGGUAGUGGGUCUAGGGCAGCCGGCAGGGGGGUGCCUGUCCCGACUCCCGGAGCUGGGGGAGGCUGGUGAGUGGGGUGGCGGGCGCCCCCUGCAUGCAGAGGCCGGGGGGCGCUGCCGCAGCCGGUACCAUGGGCUGAGCUCCCGCCGCACCAUGACCGUCUACACCCUGAACCUGCGCGUCUUCUGGCCGCUGGUGACUUGCCUGUGCACGGCCCUCGUGUGCCUCUACCAGGCCGUGCGAAGCAGGGCGGGCGCCCCGGACUCGGACUGCGCCCCGGACUCGGGCUCCGUCCCGCUGCUCAAGGGCUCCGCGCUGCUGCUGCUGGGCUUCCUGCUGCUCCGCUACUGCGCCUCCCGCAGCGGCGGCGGGGAGUGCGGCCAACGGCCCCGAGCCGCAUGCGGCCCCGAGGCGCCGCCGAGCAGCGCCGCCCGCCGGAGCCUGCUAGAGAGCUUCUACGAGCAGCAGCUGCGCCUCUCCCCGCACGUGCUGGGCCACAGUAAGGCGCACGUGAGCCGCAUCGUGGGCGAGCUGGUGCGGGCGGCCAAGGCGCAGGGGCUGCAGCCGGGGUCCCUGACCCCCACCCUGCGCGGGGACUUCGUGCAGAUCGGCAGCGCCUACGAGCAGCACAAGGUCCGCAGCCCGGACUGCUUCGACAUCCUGGUGCCGCUGAGGCUGCCGCCGCGCCUGGAGCUGGAGCCCCGCUGCCUGGGCGCCGAGGAGCCGGGGCUGGCCCCGGAGCUGCGCAGCGCCUUCACCUGCGCCCUGAAGGUCCUGCAAGGGGCCGCCUGGCCCCGGGGCUACCGGCCCUUUAGCGAGGGCUUCUGCGUGGAGCUGCAGGGCAGGCGCUACCUGUCCUCGGCCCUGGUGCUGCGCUGGUUCCAGGGCCACCUGCAGCGGUGCCUGGGCGCCGUGCUCUACCGGCUGCAGGAGCGCUGCCGCAUCAGCCUGGCCGCCUGCCCGGGCCGCCAGCUCACCCUGCACAUCCUGCCGCGCUCCGACUACGUCUGCUGCCACAUCUCCAUGGCCGUGCGCCUCAUCCCCGCCAUCCCCCUGGGGGACUCGGUCUAUCUCAUCGCCCUGCAGCCCGGCGCCAGGAAAGCCCAGCCCGGCACUGCCUGCCCCCUGCAGGCCCUCUGGGGGCUCAACGUCUCCAAGCAGGAGCAGCGGCUGCUGAGCUGGCUCAAGGAGCAGACCCCGGCCAACUCCUGCCACCUCAAGUGCCUGCAGAUCCUCAAGGGGCUGCGGGAUCUGCGCGGCCGGGGCUUGGAGCAGCCCUUCGGCGCCCAGUGGAGCCGCGUCCUCUCCUCCUACAUCCUCAAGACGGCGCUCUUCUCCUUGUUGCUCCGGGGGCCCUGGCAAGCCUGGGAGGAGCAGUUCCUGGCGGAGCGGCUGGAGGACCUGGUGCUGUACCUCAGGGACUGCCUGCAGAAGCGGGUGCUGAUGCAUUUCUUCUUGGGCAACGCCAACGUCCCCGAGGCGGUGCCGGUGCCUAAGCUCCUGAAGGAAGCUGCCCCCGUCAAUCUGCUGGCUGCCUUUGACGCCCCUACUCUAGAUUUGGCCGCCUUCCAGCUUCUGAACACCUGGAACCAGGCUCCUAAGAUCAUCCGAAUGUACAGUAGUCCAAGGUACUUGAGGAAGAGCCCCACGUUGUGUAAGCACAUCACCGACACCGGACAAGAGUCCCAAAGCAACUGAGCAUCACCUGGGGCGUUUGUCAGUGCCUUUGGGGCAUGCACUGUGAGGCCAAAGUACAUACCUGUGUUAGCUAGUAAACUACCUGAGGUUCCUAAGGGAGAUAUACCUGCCUGACAGCAUCAAAUGGGGUUCUGUGUUUGUUUCCCUAGUCGUGGUAAUCUGGGAAAUCCAAAGGUCAAAAUUUAAGACUAAGAAAUACUGAUGCUUUAAGAUCUUAAUAGCUUUGUAGUGAUGAUUAGUCAUGGAGAAACUAUGAAACUUCCAGGAAAGUGCCUUAAUUAGAAAGCACUACAAUAACCACUUGUAAAUCUAAUUUAGUACCAGAUUUAUAGAGGGGUUCACACUGAUGAAUUUGGAGUGUCAUCUUAAAGUUUAGUCACAAAAGUGACCCUGUCCAGAGCUUUCUUUUAAUGCAAAAGAUAAUCAGGAUCAAAGAUUAAUGGCAUGGAAAAAAGUCAGUGUGACAAGGUACUUUUUUGAGAUGGAGGAGGAGCCAAGGGUGUUUCUUGAUCCUUAAACACAGUUUGAAAUAUUUAUUCAAUGAGACACUCAUCGGUGGUUGUCUGUGUGAUUUAAUAUACUGUGCUAAAUAAUAUGCAAAUUAAUAUAAAAUUAAAUUAUGAGGCGUGACAUUAAAACCUAUUUGACAAAAGUAUGAAGAAUCUAGUUGUACAUUUGUGUUAAAAUGAAGGUCGCUCUGAAAGAUUAAAAUAUAAUUAUACAGCUCACAAAUGAAAGAAGAACAAUAGCACUUUAUUUCCAUAAAGGCCUUCAUUUUAUGGUAAUUGGCUGCACUAAAUAUUUAGUUUGAACAUAGAGGCAUUAAUAUUUUUUUUUAUUAAAAAUGGAUGGAUGUGUAAAUCCUCUAAGCAUUCUGUCUUGGUUGUUAGACCUGAAGCAUUUUUCUUCCUUCAAAGUUGCUGUACCUUAAUAACUACCAAACCUCCCCCACACCUUAUUUGGUAUACUGUGAAAUUUAAAGUAACUCCAAAAAUGUAGAGGUGUAAACUUGCUGCUGCACCCAUGUGUUUUUCACUGAUAGGUCAGUAAGGUCCUUUAGAGGAUCAGCUAACCAAACUCUUGAACUGUGGCAGCCCUAUGGUCUGCAGCAGAUCAGGAGAUACCAGAAGCGAGAGAUGGUAGUUGUAGUGCAGCAAAUAUUUUUUUGUAAAAAUAAUAUUUCAGGGUGCCUUAAAGUUCCCAAAACUUGGGACAAAUUCAUGGUACAGUAAGUACUUAUUAGCUUUGAUGGUGUCCCUUUAACGUAAACACCAGCCAGAUAAUUUCCAUGUGUAGAUAGAUUAUUUGAGAAUACCUCAUACAACUUCUCAAUUGAUCUGUAAUGAGCACUUACUGUCUUUGGAUAGUAUACAUUAAUAGUUUAGUUUUGGAUUUUAGCUGAGAAAAUACAUUUGACCUUAUGGGCCAUUGCUGCAUUAAACUAUAGUAUGUAGAAAAGGAUUAGAAAGCUUCUAUUUCAUAUGCUCUUUAAAAGUGUGCUUCAUUUCUGAUAUAAAUAGUUAAAAACUAGUGAACCAAAUGCAUCACAGUUUGUCUGCAAAAUUACACAUUCUAAGCAAUCCAAACUCUAAUGUAAUACAAAAUACAUUUCCACAGAUUCUGAGACCGCAUCCUUGAAAAUUAAGAGUAUUAAGGCACCAAGCCUGUAAUUGAGUUUUUCAUGUGCGUAAGGUUAAGCAUGUGCCUGAUUGUUUGCAGGAUUGGGUCCUAUGUGGACAGUCUGCUGUGCUUAAUUUUAAAUCAGUAAAUGAAUUGGGAACAGCUGGGAAUGUUUGGAAUAAUUUUAAAACUGUUAAAAUUUCAGAAUAUUGUUCUGUAUAUAUUAUGCUGGUGUUCUCUAUCUGUAAGUCAUACAUGAUAGAAAAUAGCAAACUUUUAAAAACAACCACAAAGCUUCAUAAAACCUAGUUUACUAAACUGAAAAUUUCUUCAGUUUUAGAUGCAUGUUUCCUUGUAUAUGGUUUUUAAACUGCCUUUGCUGUCUUAUUUUCAGGUAAUUUAGCACCUAAGUGUCACUUUCUCAAGUUGGGUUAUUUUUACAUGGAGCGUUGGUUCUCUCUUUGGGCAAAUACAAAUGGCUUGUUUAUGUGUAGUGUUGACCACUGUGCUCAUCAUGCGGACCGAAGUGACCUACCUUGGUACAUUUUUAGUAGGCCAAAUGUUUACUGUUUUGCAGACUUGUAUAGGGUUGCCAAGCCUCCAGGUUUGUCCUGGAGUGCCCAGCAUUUAAAGAUUGUCAUGUGAUGAAAUCUCUAGGAAUACGUCCAACCAAAAUUGACAGCCCUAGGUACACAUACGAGGAGUGCUAUUCUGGAGUCAAUAGGAGUUUUGCCUGAGAAAGAGCUAGAGAAUCAGGUCCAAAGUAUUGUGGUUGCCUGGAGCACUUAAUACACAUUUAGUUCAACAGUUAAUUCUGGCAACAUGGUUACCUUAGUGAACUAUCUGUUUGUUUACAUUAGCGUGUAACACUUUUUUUUUCCAAGGGGGACUAUGUAAAUUUUGGUGUGUGUUCCUUACUGGCUUAUAUAAUACAUGGAAACCUAUUAGAUUUAA